AUGGAGCAGAAUAAUUUCUUGGAUCAAUCAAAAAUCCGCAACAAGUUGGCGUCGUAUCAUUGGCCAUUUAUGAAGCUGCUCAUCCUUUGGCACCGAUCGGGCGUCAUUGAGUGGCCACGAUUUCCAAACGAGAAAUUGACCUGCACCAAUUAUUACGAUAACGUCGCGCCGACCGUCACAUUCAACCGGACUAAUUAUUACAUCCUUGGAAAUUGCACAUUUUCCCAGGAAUGCUUGGAUAUAUGUGGCUUAAUGGGUCUACAGUCCGUCUCGAUACAUUCAGAUGCGGAAAAUGCCUUGAUGAUGAACCUGGAC